AGCUCUGUAUAUAUAGCCCCUUAAACCCUACUCUUUGGCUUCAUUCUUCAUUUCCUCUGCCUCUUUCUCAGAUCACAAAACCCUAAUUUCCAAGCUUUAUUCAUCAGAAUGGCUUUCUGCAACAAACUCGGUGGUCUGUUGAGACAGAAUAUUACUCCCAUCGGAAAUGUUCCGGUUACGUCUAUGCUCGGAUCUCUCCGGUUGAUGUCUACCAAGCUUUUCGUCGGAGGUCUUUCUUGGGGAACUGAUGACCAGUCCUUGAGGGAUGCUUUUGCUCACUUCGGUGAAGUUGUUGAUGCUAAAGUCAUCGUAGAUAGAGAGACGGGAAGAUCGAGGGGAUUUGGAUUUGUCAACUUCAAUGACGAGGGUGCUGCAUCUGCUGCCAUUUCAGAGAUGGACGGAAAGGAUCUGAAUGGUCGUAACAUUCGAGUGAAUGUUGCUAAUGAAAGACCAAGUGCUCCUCGGGCUUAUGGAGGUGGUGGUGGCUACAGUGGUGGCUACAGUGGUGGCUACAGUGGUGGUGGCGGCUACGGAGGAGGUGGUGGUGGCUACAGUGGUGGUGGCGGCUACGGAGGAGGUGGUGGCGAUGGUGGUGGUUACUAAACGGAGAGUUGCUUGUGAAGAAGAGUUGAUGGUUCUGUUUAGUUGGUUUCUUCAAUUGAAUCUUAUGUUAGUAUAAAACCUGAAUGGGAUUUGCUGAAAACUCGUUACUCUUUUUUUUAUUUACCAAUUCGGUUGAAAUAUUUUAUUGCCCCCCAUUAGGUGCAUUCAACUAUGUUUACCAAUUCCUUAA